UAUUUAUAUUUUGCAUUGGGGUUCCUAGUUUUUAGUUACUAGUGUUUUCAAUUAUUUUGAAUUGCAUGUUUUGAUUGUGCUUAUAUUUUCCAAGUUUCUGCAGAACUCUGGAAACCGUUAGAAAUAUGGGGAAUAUAAAUCUGCAGUUUCUGGCAUUCAUUUUGCUAAUCAUCUGCAAAUCCUGUACUUUGGCUUCAGAUUUUUCCACAACCAUUAUGCCGCGGUCUACAGGGAGUCCAGAAUGUGCUGAAAACAAAGGAUCUUUAGGAUCUUCUCUCACCUAUCUUGUGGACACAACAGGAUCAAUGUCGGAUGAUAUGUAUCAGCUGAAGUUGGUGAAUAAUUGGCUUCUAGAUCGUAUAAUUGCAAGAUUCCCCUGUGGUAUCAGACAAUACACUAUGGUGGAAUACAACGACCCAUUGGUUGGCCCUGUCAGGGUAACAUAUUCCAAAGAUGAGUUUGCUAAUUUCUUCAAUAGCCUUGUGGCCAGUGGAGGGGGUGACUGUCCAGAACUGGCUAUGGAAGGACUGAAGCUGGCUUUGGAGAACUCGCCAAAGAAAUCUUUCAUUUUGGUAUUAACAGACGCAUCUGCCAAAGAUUAUGAUAACACUACUUUAGUAAAUGAAGUAUUCAGUCUUUUAAAUGAAACCCAGUCACAGGUAUUCUUUUUGGCUACUGGCCUAUGCAACACUGUAAACUCUGCAGAUUUUCUUAUUUAUAGAGACAUUGCAUCAAAGAGCUUUGGACAUGUUUUUCAAGUCAAUGCAGCCGAUUUAAAUAUAGUGUUCCGUUACUUGGAUUUCACCUUGUCAAAGCCGGCAGACAAUUCCAAACAGCUGUUCUCCAAAGACUACGAAGAUGGAGCUCAUUCUGAUAAUUUUCCAAUAUCUGAUGUUUUCACUUCUUUAAUAGUGACUACAGAUGGAGUGAUCACCUCAUUUAAAAUAACAGGACCUCAUACCUCUAGAGAAGAUAUCAAGAAAAUUGUGGAUGAGAGAUGGGGUGCCAUGUACAUUAUAAAACAACCUACUGAAGGAAUCUGGAUCAUUGAGAUUGUGGGAAGUGGCAGAUGUUCUGUUCGAGUGGAAGGGUUUAAUGAAACUAAUAUCUCAACUACUUCAGACUGCUCAAAAUGUGACCCUAAUGCUACCUGUGAAGACUCUUUUGGCUACCUCCAGUGUUCCUGCAAGGAUGGAUUUAUAGGAGAUGGCUUUAGCUGCUCUGAUAUUAAUGAAUGUGCUUAUUCCUGGUCAAAUAAAUGUAGUUACUACACUUGUGUAAACACAUUUGGUUCUUACACCUGUGUGUGUCCAUCUGGCUUCUACAAUUACAGUGGAGAGGGAUGCAUUGAUAUAGAUGAGUGUGCGAACUCUGACCUAAACACCUGUACUCCAAAUGCAACAUGCAUCAAUGCCAUUGGCUCAUAUACAUGUGUAUGCGCUCCCGGAUACUUUGGGAAUGGCUUCUCUUGUGAACUAGAUGAGUGUGCCCUCGGUGUUUGUGGUUUUGGUAUGGGAUGUGAAAAAUACUUUGGUUCCUAUUCUUGCUAUGAUCCAUGCAAUAGUUACACUACCCUUGAUGAACCAUGGAGAAGCACUUCAAAUGAAGUUUAUAAUUGGAAUUGUGACUAUGACAAGCGUGGAUGGUACCGCUUUGUAGGUGCCGGAGGUGUCAAAAUGCCAGAAUACUGUGUAUCUGGAUAUAGGUGUGGCACCUCGGCUCCAAUGUGGCUUCAUGAAUCACAUCCACAAAUCGACGAUGGGAUUGUAAAUCGUACAGUCUGUGCUUCCUCAGGAGGAAAUUGCUGCAUGUGGUCAACAUCGGUGCAGAUUAAAUCUUGUCCGGAUAAUUACUAUGUGUACAAAUUAAGCAGGGCUCCUGCUUGCAGCUUAUCUUACUGUACAGAUCCCUCCUCUGUUUGUUCAUGUGCACACAAUGAAGUAUGCCACUAUGUUGAUGGAAAAUAUGGGUGUGGCUGCAGAGAUGAAUUUAACAUUUCUGAUAUUUCAGAAAUACGCCCAAUACUUACCUGUGGAGCACAUGAAAUGAAAGUCUCUUUCCUAAAAUGUCAGCUAAAAAGUCAAAAUAUUGAUGUCAGUAAACUCAACAUUGCAAAUGUCGACUGUUUGAAGUUUCAAAAUGAUAUCGGCAAUGGAACUUACUCAGUAGCAGUCUCUCUGACAGAAGGGGAAUGUGGAGUUCAGCUAAUAAAAUCUAAAACUUUUGCAACUUUUAUCAACACAGUAUACAUUACCUUGGAAUCCAGUAAUGGUUCGUUUCUAGCAAGAGAAGUGGCUGUUCAAAUGAAAUGUUCUUACCCACUUGACAUAAAACUUAGUCUUGGCACUGCAAUUAAUCCCAUGGUUAGCACAAUAAACAUUUUGACAGUGGGCAUCGGUCAGUUCAAGAUCUCCAUGGCACUUUUCCAAGAUGCCAGCUACACUCUUCCCUAUGAAGCACCUGAAGUUCAGUUGUCAAUCAGAUCUUAUCUGUAUAUUGGUAUCAUUCUCGAUGGGCUCGAUAAUUCCCCAUACGUUGUGUUGAUGAAGAACUGUUUUGGCACACCAACAAAAAACAUGAAUGAUACUACAAGAUACUACAUCAUCAGAGACAGCUGUCCUAACAGGCAGGUCUCAUCCAUCAGCGUUCCCAUGAAUGGUGUUUCGAAGGAAGGUCGCUUUUCCUUGCAGUUAUUCAGGUUCAUCACCGGUUACAGCAAAAUUUACCUGCACUGCCAUAUAAAUCUGUGUGAUAUCACGACUGGCAGUUGCACACCAUCAUGUUCUGGUUCUAGAAGCAUCUCUGCUAAAUCUGCCAAUCAGAUCUACAGCAUCAGUGUGGGACCAGUAACUCUUCUGCCAGAGAUAUCAGCUUCAUCCUCUGGAAUAGCUGGGACUGCUCGCUUUGUUCAUCUUUUACCAACUAUCUUUAUUUUUGGAAGGUUCCUUAUGUCAUACACAUACAUAUAACCUUGUCAUGUACAGUUUUCAAGUUUUUUGGCAUACACAGAUUAUUAUAUAGGACAAUGAAGUUGUUGGGUUAUGCUGCAGUCACAGACUACAUUAGGAGCUGUACUAAUACAUAAAAUAGUUGGAUGGCUCUGUUUUAAAUCCAAUUCUAAUUUUUCAUAAUACAGCUUUAGCUAAAUGCAAGUUAUUUCAAAUAUUGAAAACAUGAUUGAUUUUUACACAUGUAUAAGUAAAUAAAUAUGCAGUGAAUAUA